UGUUAAAUGAAAUUCGUAAUGGAACCAUAUCAACUAAUACGUUACAAACAAUUGACGAUAAAAUAAAAUCACUAUCAUUACGCUCCCCUAUUGACAUCACCCACUUAGUUGGAUUCCGUGCCAUGGCCGAUAAUAUAAAUAAGUUGGCAUGCCUCACCCUACCUCGAGAACCAGAUGUUCCUGAACCCGUUAUCUCAACUGCUAUUGACCGUAUUAAUGGUCAAGAAUGGGAUGCAGUAGAUAAUAAUC